UAUUAAAUAUCCCAGCUCCUACUCCAGCUAGUUCGUUCCAACUUUUAGCUUCGUGGUGCGGUUAUUGUUGUGAAACUGUCUGCAUGUGUGUAACGAUGUGCGUUUAGAUGGUUUGUUAGAAAGGAAGAAAGAAAGGAAGAAAGAGAGAGAGAGAGAGAGAGAGAGAGAGAGAGAGAGAGAGAGAGAGAGAGAGAGAGAGAACUGAAAAAGAUUGUACAACACAGACAGGCGUUUUACAGGCCGUGACUAAAUUUCCUUUAUAAUAAACCUACAAUGUCGGCUAACCCACAAAAGACUAAGAGUUGCCCUAUUCCAACUCGUGUUAUGCAGCUCAAGGACUGGUCUCAGCUUCCUGACUGCUAUAGUCAGACACCCGGUGGCACCUUGUUUUCCACAACGCCAGGAGGUACUCGCAUAAUUUACGACAGGAAGUUCUUGCUGGACUGUAGGAACUCUCCGAUUGCCCGUACCCCACCUUGCUGCCUUCCACAGAUUCCUGGGGUAACUGUUCCUUUGCAUCAUCCUCUAGUCAAAAUGCAAGAACUUAAAGAAGAGCUGGAGGUGAACAAGGAUAUGGCAGCUGAAGACAGCCAGUUCGAGAUGGACAUUUAAACAUUUGAUCUGCCUCCUGUGGAGAACGCUCUUCCUUUGCUGCAGUGUUGCUAUGUUACCCUAUAACUAGCACCACUAGUUUCUUUGCAGUUUUUUUAAAUAAGGAAACAAACACCCAGAGGGUGCUUUUCAUUUGUUAUAGGUGUUUUGUUAAAAGUGAACUGAAAAAGGAGAUUGUGGACGUCUGUUCUAAAUGUUUUUAUUGUAAUUUGUAUUUUUUUUUUUUUAAAGUAAAUUACAUUUGAUUGGAAAAAGAUAGAGGCAUGGUAAAUGUAAUAACCACUCCUUCCAAAGCUGUCCCUCAGUUUGGCUCAUAAUACUGCAGAUUUGUUAACUAAAAGGAUACAACUGUAGUCAAACGUAAUGUUAAAUUCAUGCAGUGCACCAGAAUACUUUUAUUAUAAACACAAGCACACCAGCAUGCACUAUUGUGUUUUUUUUCUGGAUUAUUUACCUGGAUUUCAGCAGGUUUUUUUUAUUGCUUUGAUUAAACUGUGACACAAAUGCACUUGGUUUUAUUCAUUUGUUGAAAAUUGUACAAAAUAUGGGGGCAAAUAAACAAACAUCUUUGUGCCA